AGAUAUUGUAGCCACAUAUCCCAUAUAGUGAUUAUCUCUUAACGUAUCUCAAAAGUUUUUGCAUUUUUCUUUACUUCAUAUUUUGUUUUUGUAAGAUCAAUCAGUUUUUAUGAAGAGAAAAUGGAGAUAACAAUAUCCCAAUUGUGCUCUCGAGUUAAGUUUUCAUCAUCAUCAUCAUCAUCAUCACUUUUCUGUUUCUAUGGAAACAGUAAUAGAAACAACCUAAAUGGAGCUGUUUCAGUAAACUGCUUGAGAGAGAAUGAGCAGAUCAGUAAUAUUAGCUUCAUUGCGAAGAAACCAAGAAGUCAUGCACCGGUGGUGAGAACAACACGCGCCUCCUUGGAUGAGAAUCAAUCCCCAACUUCCGGAGGAGAACGGUGGCUUCUCAAACCAGUUGGCGAUGGAGACACAAGACACAUUGGUUACAAAGUGGCAAUGCCUGCUCCUUUUGAGAUCUCCUCUGGCCAAGUUACCAUCGGACGGCUACCGGAAAAGGCUGACGUCGUGAUUCCUGUUGCCACCGUGUCAGGAGUCCAUGCGACAAUCAAUACGAAUGAAAAGAACCUUCUUGUGACGGAUAUGAACAGCACCAACGGUACAUUCAUCGAAGACAAACGUCUAAUUCCUGGUGUUGCUGCUCCUGCCUUUCCCGGAACACGAAUCACCUUUGGAGAUACAAAUCUAGCAAUUUUCCGUGUUUUCAAGCUCCAAGAUAGUGAAGAAUCCAUAGAGAAACCAACUACAGAGUAACACAAAACCCGAGAAUUGCUUAUCUUUGCUUGCAAUUAACCGGUUUUUGUUGAAAUUCUAAGUUGUUUUACAACAUUGUUGAUUUAUAUAUAUAUGAACAAUAGCUUUUUAUAUAAUAUUAUAACAUAUAUAUUUUUGUUUUUG